GAAAAGAACAAACAUCCUGCCCUCCCCACCAUCUGCUAUCAGGUGUUGUCAUUUCAUCUUGCUAUAUUUGUUGCCCACAUUUAUUUAUUCAGCCUUGACUGUGGUCCGCUCUCCACCGCGGUGAUGUCGUCUCUUCUGAGGGAGGAGAUGCAAAGGGUUUUAUUUCGACCUGCAAAACAGAGACUGAUGGAAUUUAUUGAGAUUGAAGAACCGGAGAUUGGACGACAUUUCCUCUGCGUCUCAAUUGGAAACAGAAAAAGGCUUGUGCAGUUAUGCGUUGUGCGGUGCCAGAUGACACAGGCUCCCCUUAAAUCUGGAUCCAAAAGGGGCCACACCAAACGCUCCAGCAUCCAGGAGUGCUACAGGAGGACAGAAAUCUGGUCCCUGCAAGACCUGACUCUGGUGGAUGGGCGAGACCCUGAUGUGGAUGACCCCUGUUUCUUGCUCCACUUUGACAAGGUGCGUACAAUACACGCUGUCAGCUGCUCGGCCAAAUACGCAUUCGUGCGUGCUCUGGUUGCUCUCAGUGAACAGCACUGUCAGAGGUCGCUGAACCUGGACAACUUUGACUGGGCCUACAUCAAGCCCACAUCAUUCUAUUCCAACAGAGGAGACUGUGUGGUGCUAUCACAGAUAUGUUUCUAUGCGUUCAACUUGGUAUGUCUGUCCAUGUGCCCUGUGCCCCUGGAAACAUGAUGGAGAGUCAAAAUGAUGUGUGUGUGUGUGUGUGUGUGUGUGUGUGUGUGUGUGUGUGUGUGUGUGUGUGUGUGUGUGUGUGUGUGUUGGGAGGGGGGGUAUGGGUGUGUCACUGUGCGUGUUUGUGUGAGUGUUCAGGUCAUAGUGCGCGAACAUGUUCACUGCACAUUCAUAGCAUCCAUUGAGAAGGAAGAAUUCAUUGAAUGGAGCUUAUGUUGCAUUAUUGAGCCUUGGGCAAGGUGAUACAUUUCGAUAAAACUGAAUGCAUGUUCAUGAUGAAUGCAGGUUGUAACUAGCUAUUUUUUUUCUGUUUAAAAUGACCAUUCACAGUCUGUACUGAUUGUAGGUGUUGGUUCUUUGAGACAAGUCAUGCAUUUCAGUUCAUCCGCAAGGAAUAUGUCCUGUAAAUGUACUAUCUAGUACCAUCCAUUUUCUCUACUGCUUCCUGUCAUUAGGGUCACGGGUGAGCUUGAGCCGAUCCCAAGCUGACUUUGGUUGAGAGUCAGGGUACACCCUGACUUGGUCGCCAGACAAUUGCAGGGCACAUAUUGCUGGUGUCAGUAUCUUCAAAAUAAUCACUUUUCAGGACUCCCCAAAAACGGCAUGUUCCUUCAUUUGUUUAAAAAGGUAUUGUCAAAGAGAUUAGCCAUUUUCAACCAUUUAGAGUGGUCAAUAAUUUGUAAAAGUAACCCCAACAUGUGUGGACGCACGAAUAGUAUAGAUUUGUGAAAAAAUGACUUUCCAAAUUUUGACAGGAUGUUCUGGCCCGACAUCGGUGAUAUAGACAAACAAACACUCAAACUGAUGUCGAAUUUACAAUCUUUAACCUAACAUUCAUAUUUUUGGAAUGUGGGAGGAAGCUCAAGUGACACAAGCACAGGGUGAACACAGGGAGAAAAGUUGGAGAACCCACACAAGAAGGCCAGAGCUGAGAUUCAACUGAACUGUGAGGUAGACAAUAAUUACGAGGCCCACCAUACUGCACUAUAGUAAGUGUACUUAUGGAAUACAGUAUGUGCACAAAGCGGUGUGGUGUAUUUCCUGUAAAAUCUCAUGAUGCACUGUCCUUUCCGGUAUUUCCGGGUGUGGUUGCGUAUAUUCGUUAAGACAUCGAAGAAGACGAGAGAGGACAGUACUUCAAACUAUCACUGCUGUGUGUCUGCCCAGAUAUACAGGUACUUCACGGUUUAACUCCGCUUUGAUAAGCAGCAGAGGAAGUGGGGUUGUUUACGUACUCAGGGAUACAUUUGGAGUUACAAAUAGCACCAAAGUCUGUUCUCUGCAUUUUCUUCCUGCUGAUGUAAUAAUGCAGCUGUUAACCAUACAAGGGCGCCAUUUAGAACUCCAGAGCCGUCAUUUUGACAAUUCUCAAGUUUUGAUGCGUUGUUGCACUGUUUACAUAGAUUAACGAUGGUCUUGGCCUUUUAACUUUGUCUGUGUGUGAAUGUAUAACUUAUUCCC